CUCUCCCAUGUCCACAUUAACCUCCCACCCACAAUGCCUCGUUCACUUCUCCUCCUCCUCAUCCUCCUCUCCCUCGCCGUCGCCGCCUCCGCCCACAGCGGCCACGGCGACGAAGACGAGGAGCCAACUGCAGCAGAAAGCAACAACCUCCGAGCUAGGCCUCUGAUUCUGACAAAGAUCUGGUGUUUGAUAGUUAUCUUUUUCGGGACAUUCAUCCCUGGAGUUUCGCCUUACUUCUUGGAAUGGAAUCAGGGUUUCUUGGUUCUUGGGACCCAGUUUGCUGGAGGCGUGUUUCUCGGGACAGCUUUGAUGCAUUUUCUGAGUGAUGCUGAUGAGACUUUUAAGGACUUGACUGAGAAAGUGUACCCUUUUGCCUUCAUGUUGGCUUGUGCUGGGUUCUUGAUGACAAUGCUAGCUGAUUGUGUCAUUUCCUAUGUGUUUUCCAAGAAGAGGGAUGGUGGCUCUGUUUCUGAUCUUGAGACUCAAGGGAGUGUUGAACAUGAACAAGGCGUAACAGCAUCACAGUUCCAGAGUCAUAACCACUUUGUAAAUGCAUCUGUCGCAAAUGUAAGUUCACUUGGGGAUAGUGUCUUGUUGAUUGUAGCCUUGUGUUUCCACUCAGUCUUUGAGGGCAUUGCGAUUGGAGUUACUGAGACUAAAGCUGAUGCUUGGAAAGCCUUAUGGACGAUUUCUCUGCACAAGGUAUUUGCAGCCAUUGCAAUGGGAAUUGCUCUUCUUCGUAUGAUGCCUAACCGUCCCUUCCUAUCAUGCGCUGCCUAUGCUUUUGCAUUUGCUUCUUCAAGUCCUAUUGGUGUGGCCAUUGGAAUCAUAAUAGACGCAACAACCCAAGGUGCUGUGGCAGAUUGGAUAUUUGCUAUUUCAAUGGGUCUGGCAUGUGGAGUGUUUAUCUAUGUAGCUGUAAACCAUUUGUUGGCCAAGGGUUACACACCUGAUAAGCCAGUUUCUCUGGACAAAUCCCAUUACAAGUUUUUGGCAGUGUUGUUAGGUGUUGGCGUUAUAGCUGUUGUGAUGAUCUGGGACACUUGAAGACAUGCCAAAGGUUGUGCCUUUACCAUUUUAGAUUCUUUGUGAAAGAAUGCAUAAUGAUGCGUAUAUUGCAUGCAGCUUUUUGGGAAGUAGUAGGGCCUAGGGUCAUAGGUAAACUGGUUUGUUUGUAUAAAUUUCGUAAAGUUAUUAGUUCAGGCUACAAGAUUGCUAUCAUUCCCAAUAUAGUGAAACUUUUACACCAUUUCUCCUGAUUUGAAUUUUUCAUUGUUAAGUUGUGAGGUUUGUUUGGCUUGACAAUCAACUGGGUGAACAUCAUGUUA